AUGUGUGAUAAAACAUUCACAGAGAAAAGAGAUUUAGUUCGACACUGUAUUUUUCAUACUGAAGAGAAACCUUAUUCAUGCAGUGUGUGUGAUAAAAUAUUCACACAAAAAGGAACUUUAAACCAACACUAUCUAGUUCACACUGGAGAGAAACCUUAUUCAUGCAGAGUGUGUGAUAAAACAUUCACACAGAAAAGACUUAGACUUAGAGGUUGGGCAGCUCUGACGAGUUGGGCACAUCGACCAGAGAGACUUUUAGUUCAACACUGUCUUUUUCAUACUGGAAAGAAACCUCCUUCUUCAUGCUGUAUGUGUGAUAAAACAUUUACACAGAAUAGUGACUUAGUUCGACACUGUGUUGUUCAGGCUGGAGAGAAACCUUAUUCAUGCAGUGCGUGUAAUAAAGGAUUCUCACAGAAAGGACAUUUAAGUCAACACUAUCCAAUUCACACUGAAGACCGAUGUCCCUAUUACUGA